AUGUUUCUUUUCUGCGACACCAUUCCUCUAACAAUUUCCAUCUUUCCUCGUCUUUUCCUUCUUCUUCACCUACUUUUUAUUUUUCUUUUCUUUUUCGUCUUCUUCUUUUUCUUCUUGGUCCUCUUCCUUCUUUUUCGUCUUCUUUUUCAUUUUCUUUUCUUCCUUUUUUUCUUCUUCUUCUUCCUUUUCCUCUUGGUCUUUUUUUCUUUCUUCUUGGUCCUCUUCUUUUCCUUCUUCUUCGUCUUCUUUUUCAUUUUCUUUUCUUCUUCUUCUUCCUUUUCUUCUUUUCUUUCUUCUUCUUCUUCCUUUUCCUUUUGGUCUUCUUUUCCUUCUUCUUCCUCUUCUUCCUUUUCUUCUUCGUCUUAUUCCUUUUCUUCUUGGUCCUCUUCUUUUCCUUCUUCUUCGUCUUCUUUUUCAUUUUCUUUUCUUCUUCCUUUUCUUCUUUUCUUUCUUCUUCUUCUUCCUUUUCCUUUUGGUCUUCUUUUCCUUCUUCUUCUUCUUCUUCCUUUUCUUCUUCGUCUUCUUCCUUUUCUUCUUGGUCCUCUUCUUUUCCUUCUUCUUCUUCUUCUUCUUCUUCUUCGUCUUCUUCUUUUUUCUUUUCUUUUUCGUCUUCUUCCUUUUCUUCUUGGUCCUCUUCUUUUCCUUCUUCUUCGUCUUCUUUUUCAUUUUCUUUUCUUCUUCUUCUUCCUUUUCUUCUUUUCUUUCUUCUUCUUCUUCCUUUUCCUCUUGGUCUUCUUUUCCUUCUUCUUCCUCUUCUUCCUUUUCUUCUUCCUUUUCUUCUUCGUCUUCUUACUUUUCUUCUUGGUCCUCUUCUUCUUCUUCUUCUUCUUUUUCUUUUUUUUUCGUCUUCUUCCUUUUCUUCUUGGUCCUCUUCUUUUCCUUCUUCUUCGUCUUCUUUUUCAUUUUCUUUUCUUCUUCCUUUUCUUCUUUUCUUUUUCUUCUUCUUCCUUUUCCUUUUGGUCUUCUUUUUCUUCUUCUUCUUCUUCUUCCUUUUCUUCUUCGUCUUCUUCCUUUUCUUCUUGGUCCUCUUCUUUUCCUUCUUCUUCUUCUUCUUCUUCUUCUUCUUCUUUUUUUUUUUCUUUUUCGUCUUCUUCCUUUUCUUCUUUGUCCUCUUCUUUUCCUUCUUCUUCUUCUUCUUUUCAUUUUUUUCUUCUUCUUCUUCCUUUUCUUCUUUUUUUUUCUUCUUCUUCUUCCUUUUCCUCUUGGUCUUCUUUUCCUUCUUCUUCCUCUUCUUCCUUUUCUUCUUCCUUUUCUUCUUCGUCUUCUUACUUUUCUUCUUGGUCCUCUUCUUUUCCUUCUUCUUCUUCUUCUUCUUCGUCUUCUUCUUUUUUCUUUUCUUCUUCGUCUUCUUACUUUUCUUCUUGGUCCUCUUCUUUUCCUUCUUCUUCGUUUUCUUUUACAUUUUCUUUUCUUCUUCUUCUUCUUCCUUUUCUUUUUGGUCUUCUUUUCCUUCUUCUUCGUCUUCUUUUUCUUUUUCUUUUCUUCCUCUUCCUUUUCUUCUUGGUCUUCUUUUUCUUUUUCUUUUCUUCUUCGUCUUCUUCAUUUUUUUCUUGGUCGUCUUCUUUUCCUUCUUCUUCUAUUCUCCAUAAUUUCUUGUCUCCCAUCUUGCUGAAUUCGUAUCUUUUCUCCUUCUUUGCUCUUUCUUUUAUAAUCUAUCGUUCUUUAUGCUUUCUUCUUGCUUCUUCUUCUUCUUCUUGCUUCUUCUUCUUCUUCUUCUUGCUUCUUCUUCUUCUUCUUGCUUUCGUCUUCUUUUCGUUUUCUUCUUCUUCUUCUUUCCACCUUCAUUAUAUUCUCUCCUUCUUUCACGACGUUUUCUUUUAUUUCUCUCUUUUUGUCUUGCCUGUUCAAAAGCAUUUCUUUCUAUCCUUCUUCCCAGACCGCCGAUACGUGAAACCGCCAGUCACGAUGAACGGAUAUAAUAUCGUGCACGCCUCAAAUUCAAUUCACGCUCCCCCGCAAACUUAA